AUGCGUUACGCCGCACCUCCUCUCGGCGAGAACCGAUUCAGGCGCGCGAAGGAGCCCAAGCGAGAGACUCAUGUCAUUCAAGCCAAAGAGCACGGCCCUGUGUGCUAUGGCGUCCAGGGACUUGCAUUUGGCUCUGUCCCCGUUCCUCUGUCCGAGGAUUGCCUCUUCAUCGAUGUCUACGCUCCUUCUGAUGCGACCGACUCUGAACUUGGCGGACUUCCGGUGAUGCUGUGGUUGCAAGGCGGCGCGUUCGUGCAGCUUUUCAACCCCAACUAUAACGGAACCGGUCUCAUCGAAGCCAGCGGCGGACGUGUAAUCGUCGCUACUUUCAACUAUCGUACCGGUCCCUUUGGCUUCCUCGCCAGCAAGGAGCUCCAAGAUGAGGGGAACCUGAACAUUGGACUCCAAGACCAGCGGGCGGCUAUUGGUUGGGUCCAGAAGCACAUUUCCAAGUUCGGUGGUGACCCUGAGAGGAUAACGCUCUUCGGAACUUCUGUCGGUGGUGGAAGUGUCCUGCUGCAGACCUUGGCUUACGGCGGCAAUCCCCCUAAAGGCGAGGACGUCAACUGGCGCGCAGGGAUUGCGGCAGCCACUUACGUGCCCCCAUUUCGUCAUGUCCAAGACGUCGAGUUUCAGUACCAUCAACUGCUGAAUGCCACCGGUUGCGACAACCUCGCCUGCCUACGCAGCCUCAACUCUAGCGUUGUGCAAGCUGCAAACCUCGGACGCACUGAACCUGGACAGGCCAAUCUGCCGCUUUUCCCGUACGGUCCGGUCAUCGAUGGGAAGCUGUUUCCCGACACUCCAUAUGCGAUGCUUAAGGCUGGCAACUUCUCCAAGCAUAGGCCCCUCAUUGUUGGCUCAUCUCAUAGCGAGGGGACACUCUUUGCUCCACAAGCAAACACAACCAAAGAUAUUGCUUCUUUCCUCAAAACCCAGUACCCAGACUUGACCGACGCCGAGCUGGAGAAGGCGGAGGGUCUUUACUCGUGUGUACCAGAGACCUACCCGGGUGUUAACGUUUCUGUGUCACCACUACACUAUCGUGCUGCUCAGAUGUACGGGGAUGCUGGGUACUCUUGUCCUGCACUCAAUUUCGCUUCAGGACUGAGCGCUGCGGGCGUCGACAUCUUCCUGUUUCGCGACAACAUCGUCGACGCCGCAGAGGAGGCUGCCGGCUACAUCGUCCCCCAUACCUGGGAGACCCAGGCUGUCUGGGGACCUGAGUACGCAACAUCGUAUGUCGCUCUUCCUGGCGCCACCAGCUACGAUGCAGGCGGUGCCAACCGACGUAUUGUUGGCCAGGUGCAGAAGUACUGGACUGAUUUCACUCUGGCAAAGAGUUCUCUCGAUUCGAUCAGAGGUGAUGGCCAUCCAAAGUGGAAGAAGUAUGGAAAGGGUCGGAGGUUGAGGCUGCAGACUAAUGCAACUGCUAUAGAGCCUGUGGAAGCAUACGAGCAUGCGAGAUGUAGCUUUUGGGAGGAUAUUUCUCCUAGCAUGCAUAUGUAA